AUGGCAGACACUUCUGUAGGCGUGCAGCUCUUCAGCCAGGGCGUCUUCAGCCCACCAGCUGAUUCUGCAGACCUUGUUGCGGCCUCUCCGGCGAUCGACCUGACUGCAACCGCUGGAGGUGGCAAUGCCGUGUACAUCUGGAGGCGCGGCGGUGAGGUUGUGUCUAAAUUGUCUGAGAGAAACAAAAAAGUCCAGGCCGUCGCAUGGAAGGCCGAUGGCCAAUUCCUUGCCAUAGCCUGGAACGAUGGUGUGGUGCGUCUGGUCGGGUUGGAGAGCUCCAAAGCUGUCCAUCUCAUCCGCCUGUUUGAGGGCGAGCCGUCUACUGUUACCUUUAUCAGCUGGUCUAAGAAUCUGGUUGGUAUCCCUGAAACCUGGCAGGCCAAAGUCCUGGAAACCCUCGGCGAGGAGGACAAUGAUGCCAUCUUAGACUUGCCACGGACCUUGAUGUUUCUGGAAGUCGAGGACGACCUGCCGAAACUGUUACCGCUGCCCGUGUCGGGUGGUUUAGGGACGUCGCUUGAGGUCAUGUUCCCUGCUCUUAAACCAAGCGAGGGUGGUGCCAUUCAUAUCAUGGUGUUAGGAACCGAUGAUGGGGGCAUCCACGUCUGCAUCUACGACACCUUUGUCAUGGGCACCUUCAAAGUCCCGUUGCCGCUCAGUUCGGGGACACAUCCGGAGGCACAGCAGCCGCUGCUUCGACUUCGUGGACACGCUAACCAUCCGGCCAGCUCGACACACUCUCUGUUGCUGUCCAACGAAGACGCUGAUGUGAAUGCUGUUUACCUCAUACCGAUGGACUUCUCCUUCAUCUUCUCCUCGCCCCUGAACCUGUCGCUGCUCGAUUAUAAGGCCACUACGUUCCAGAAAAUCCUCCGCUACAUCAAACAGACCCAGAUCCACAUGCAGGGCGAAUGGCAAGCCGCCAGAGAACUUCCCGCUCGAUUCCUGGUCAGCAUUCAAGAGGACCUACAACAAGAGCCUCGCUUCAAGACCAUCGACCAAGCCCUGCGUGUUGCUGCGCUAACAGGCUACGUUCCUCCAGCCCUCAAGUUGUGGCUCGUGGAAACCAUCUCAGAGCGGGGUCACAAGCGAUGGGACAAAGCAGUCAUGUCUGGACUGGAGAAUCUCCGUGACCUCAUCCACGAGAACAUGAUGCCGGCGCUCGAUCGCGCAAGCCUGGCCCUGAGUCGUCUCCAAGGCUUGGCCGAGUUUCACAGCGACGACGACAUUGGAUUUACAGGAGAUCAGAUAGGGCGGCUCAUAAACAUGCUGUCUUGUCUGAUUGUGGCAUCGCACAAUGCCCUGGCUCUGGUGACGUCCGAGCUGGAGCUUUUUGUCAUGUUCUCGGCCUGGCUACGGCUGCUGAUUGAACGACUGGCGCUGCCGGGCCAGGCGGAAGAGCAGGCCGAAAAGGAGCCGGUGAUGAACGUAACGCCGGUAUUGGACUAUAUCACGAACCACCUCCUUUCGAGCCCGCUUGAUCUACACUUCGGCAAAACCGCCACGGCAGAUUGGGAUGCCGACUGGAAGGCAAUCGAAUCGAGCUCCGAGAACCUCAUGGACAAGCUAGAGGCAGAACUGGAGAAAGUCGACAACAUCGGGGUGGAGGAUGGACUCUCACUUAUGCCCAAGAACGGAGCCCGGAAGCGGCGUGACGAUAAAGCAUCUGCAAAAGACGCCACAGAGAGACAAGGGAAACGACAGUCUGCAGACGGCUUACAGCUUAAUGAGCCGGCCAACGAGGAAGACGAUGGGCGCGAACCGGAAACGCAAGGGGGUCCCGGAGUUGAGUACAUGAAGGCAUUCCCCAAAUUCGAGUUCCUGACUAAGCUGCUUGCAACACAUGCCGACCGGACUCUGAAAGAUAUUGCCGAGUCUGGCAGACGCCACGUCCAUUUUGGCCCUGUGACGCGACUAGAUGUCGGGGCACCGGUGAAGCAAGCAGAGGUUGCCAUGAAGGCUGUGCUGAAAACUGAUCUGGAAGAGAGCGCGGACGUGUUGGCAUUCACGGUGAUCACCUCGGACGAAAGCACAAAUGAUUUCCGUCUUUUCCGCACUGCCAUUUCCACGUCGGGUGGCAUCAGCACUGCUGUAUCGACCCAGGUCUGUGCUGUUGCACUUGCUGGCAACGGCAGCAUUACAGACAUCCGCUUCCUUGGCGCAGAGCUCAUUCUUGUUUUGUGGACUUGGACGGCAUCGGACCGGCCGCCACUUUUGGUCGCCAUACCCGUACAAUCACCAAGCAUUCGGUACGAAAAGUAUACCGAAGGAAGCACGGGCAGCACAGAGCCGCAGACGAUCCAGCUGGACCACGGCACAGUCCGGGAAGGAGGUGGCCUCACUUCCAGUGGUCUCUGCUGGGUGGCAGACCUCAGCAGCGCUGGCAGCUCUGGUCGCGUUGUCCGCAUGGAGGUGCUGGGUCCAAAGACUAGCGAUGACGGAAGCGGCACGCCUGCAAGGGUUCAACUGCUAUAUGCAGACGGGGCAACAUAUCGCGCCUUUGCGCUUCCGUCUGUGGCCGAGAUGUUUGAUGGCAGGUCAGCAUAG